GCUAAAUGUUUUAAAUUUUAUGAAAAAAUGGAGCAGUUGAAUUUCACGGAAUAACAAAAACAUGUAAACUGAAGAAAGAACAGUGAAGAUCACUGAUUCACUUCGAAGAUUGAAGAUUUCACCAGCGCGCCUCGAUUGAUAUAAUCGAGCAAGGUAAUCGCAAUUUCAGCUUCACUGGAAAAAAUGGGGGAUAAAGAUAAAGAAUGGGAAUCUCAUCUCCGAUCCCUCUCUUCCGCCGCCAGAGAUUCCGCCGACCCCGCCGCCGAUCCUUCCCUUCUUAAUUCGGUCAAGAGUCUCUAUGAGCUCUGCAAAGGCGAGAAAUCGGACGAGCUGGUAGCUAGGGUUUAUCCACUGCUCAAUAAGAUAUUUCAUCGCUGUGUUGCUUCAAUUUCGCAGACUCAAGCCUCCAGCGGCCUCCUUUUGCUGGCAAUUCUACAAUUUUUUCUUGAUUUUGGAGAUAUAGUUUUACUCGAUGCUGAACCUAGUCUGAGGACAUUUUUCCGCUCGUGUUUGAGCCGUGAGUUUGCAGACCCUGUUGUUGCAGAAGCAUCACUUGCAUUUCUGAGCUCAAACAAAACAAAACUUCUGAAGGCUUUCCCUACAUUAUUUCCGCAGUUCUUCCCUUUAAUGCUGAAACUGAUUGCAUGGAAUGGAGAGAAAUUAAAAAACUUAUUCCUGAGUAUUUUCUCUGGAUUUAUCUCUCCUGGGUCGUUCAUUCCCCUGUUUCCGGCCCUUGUAGACUUACCUAUAUUGGUUGUGGCAUUGGAAAAGGUGGAAAGAAGUUCAGGGUCACUUGUGGGAAGCAGCAUAGCUUCAAUUCAGAAAAGUGCUGCACCUGAGAUGCUGCUUGCUCUCAUGGAUGAGGCAUAUACUGGCUCAAUGAUAGGAGAUGGAGGUGCAGAUUCUGAAUCUGAAGAUAGUGCUCCUAUGGCUGCAGCUGACCCUAUCUUUCUUGAUCUCCUCAAGGAUGAGAAUGAGGGCCUUGCUGAACGUCAUUGGACCUCUCCCGCUAUGGCAUCAGCUUUGCAGGCAGUAAUAAGUACCCCUUUGUCCAAUAGACUGAAAGAAGCACUGAAAAUAGCUCCACAGCUUCUAGAUUCCUAUUUCAAACUAGCAGUUUACGAUGCUAACGAUUCGUUAAUAUGUGCUCUGAUUCCUUUGAUUAUGGCGAGAUAUUCAACCUUAUUUCCAGACAAAAUGUUUUGCUAUGAGGUACAGAAGAGGCUCUUAGAAUUUAUGCUUUCUGCCUUUCAUCGAUCUCCUCAUUUCAUUGCACUUCUUAAGAAGCCUAUCGUGGACAGGCUUGGGGAAGCUUUUGACAAUCCUGGAAAGACUGAGUUAGGAUUACAGCUCUGUUGGGCCAUUGGGGAGUAUGGAGGCGGUGGUGAAUCUCACAAAGAUGCAGCUCGUGAACUAUUUGAGAGUUUGGAAUUACUUUUAUAUGAAAAUCUAUCAGCAAGGCUGAUACUCAUAUUGUCCUCGAUUUUGGGAAGUCGCCUGGGGUUAGGUGAAGCAGCGCAUGGUUCAGGGAGCUCUAGUUUCAGAAAAUCUUCCCAGUCAAGGCUUCUAUGUUUUGUCGUGACUGCCAUAGCAAAACUUGCCACUUAUCACCGAGAAUUACUUCCAAGGGCCCGUGUAUCUUUAGCAAAGGUUGCACGCUCUCGACUUUCAGAUGCGAGGGUGUGGAAGCGCGCCCAGGAUUAUUUGGGUUUAAUGAACGAGCCUGCAAUAUGUUUAUCGGUCUUGGGCCCUUCUACGUCGGGCAAAUUAACACAACACCCAGGCACCAUAAACUGGAAUGAAGGCCAUAAGAAAAUGAUAGCUCAUAUUCCAUUCUACAUCCUAGGUGGUCAAGAAGGUCCCCCUCCCCACGACUUCUCGAUUCUGGACGUUCUUCCGACAGAAUAGCCUUCGUUCCCGUUCCAGUACCACCUCCAUGUUCUGAAUUAGUAGAGAUCACAAUACAGAUGCAAACAAUGAUGGAGCCAGCGUAGGCCAAGCCGCCGCCCCAUCUGGUGCCGGAGUGAGGUCGGGCGGAGAAGUGAUGUAGCUAAAAUAGAGGUUUUGGGAGUUUCGGCCAUUUUUGGAUCGAUGGAGAAAGAAAAAAGAGAAUUAAUACUAAUUCUUUAUCUUUUACAGUAUUAGAGCAGCAUAUAUACAUGUGAAUGACUUCUGCUAUUAUAUUAUUGUUCAUAAUUAAUAAUUAUGAGUACAAAUAUUUUAUUCAAA